UCCUUUUACUAUGGCUUCCCCUACUCUCUUGCUUUCUCUUCUCUUCGCCUCUUUGGUCAUUUCUUCUUCUGCUGCUGCUGCUGCUAACUUCUUCCAAACAACUGACAUUACGUGGGGAGAUGGCCGCGCUCAGGUUCUCGACAAUGGCGACCUUCUUACUCUUUCCCUAGACAAAACCACUGGCUCUGGCUUUCAGUCCAUAAAUGAGUAUUUGUUUGGAAAGAUCGAUAUGCAAAUCAAGCUCGUUUCUGGCAACUCUGCUGGAACUGUCACUGCAUACUACUUGCGUUCAGAAGGGUCGGCGUGGGAUGAAAUAGAUUUCGAGUUUUUGGGCAAUCUGAGCGGCGAUCCUUACAUAGUUCACACCAAUGUGUUCAGCCAAGGAAAGGGCAACAGAGAGCAACAGUUCUAUCUCUGGUUCGACCCAACUGCUGAUUUCCACACCUAUUCAAUCAUCUGGAAUCCCCAGCGCAUUAUUUUCUACGUGGACAGCAUACCCAUUAGAGUGUUCGAGAACAAGGAAUCAAUCGGCGUUCCAUUCCUCAAAAACCAGCCAAUGAGGAUUCAAUCCAGUCUAUGGAACGCCGACAACUGGGCAACCAGAGGGGGGUUAGUGAAGACAAAUUGGACUCUGGCUCCGUUCACCGCAUCUUACAGAAACUUCAAUGAAGACGCCUGCAUUUGGCCAUGGGGACAGGCUUCUUGUGGGUCGACCGUCAGCGACAAGUCGUGGUACACACAGGAUCUGGAUUUCGAGAGCCAAGGAAAACUGAAGUGGGUCCAAAACAACUUCAUGAUUUACAACUAUUGCACCGAUAAGAAGCGAUUUCCUCAGGGCCUGCCUCCCGAAUGCAAUGACACCGCCUAACUUCCAGUUCUUUCCAUUUAUCAUAAUUAUUGUAUUGCUUUCUACAAUUUGUUACCCAACAUUCAUUUCUAUUGAUUUUGUAUACACA